AUACGAGUCCAGUUAGUCAAUGACCAAACAUUGAAAUGGACAACAAAUUGUUGGGUAUUGUUAUCGUCCUACUGCUGCCUAUUUGCGGCUCCAUCUCCAGCCAGGAUGUGGAAUCUCGCAUUAUUGGAGGCGAAGUUACCUCAAUCUACUACGUGCCCUACCAGGUGUCCUUACGGAGAAGGACUAGCAGCAGCAGCGCUUAUGCACACACCUGUGGAGGUUGCUUGAUCAGCGAUCGUGCGAUUCUAACUGCGGCACAUUGUGUCUACAAUCGCUUGGCAGAGAAUUUCCUGAUUGUUGCCGGUACUGAGGUGCGCUCUGGCAUGGAUGGCGGUGUAGUGGCACGUGCAGAAAAGUUAUUGCCCCAUGAGCAAUAUAAUGCAUCGAUAACCGAUAACGACAUAGCCUUGAUCUUUGUCUCACCGCCAUUCCCGGUGGGCACACAUCAGAAGAUAGCCACCAUUCAGGUGGCCAAGGAGCGACCGGUUGCGGGCACAGUGGCCACGGUCUCUGGCUGGGGCACAACCACAGAGGGCGGACUUGCCUCCAUGCAACUGCAACAGGUUCAGGUGUCGCUGGUGGACAACGCUGAAUGUCAGGCACCCUACACUUGGCGACCCAUCUCCGAGGGCAUGCUCUGCGCUGCCGUGCCCGGAGGUGGCAAAGACGCCUGCCAAGGAGACUCUGGCGGACCGCUGGUAGUUGACAAUCAAUUGCUGGGCAUUGUUUCCUGGGGCGAGGGUUGUGCCAGGCCCGAUUAUCCCGGUGUGUAUGCAGCCGUUCCUCAUUACCAGAGCUGGAUAGACGAGCAGCUAGCGGCGAACCCAUAAAUAAACCCAGCUGAUGGCGGCCAUUCGGCCCUAUCGCUCUGUUGUAUGACCAACCAAAUGUAUCCAGUAAAAUUUAUGACCAAGAGAGUGUUCUAAUCGUC